AUGGUGAAAAAUGGAGAAUCCAUGUGGGAAGAUGACGAGAGUAGUGCGCCUGCUUUAUUAGUUAACUUUGCAAAAUGGCUUCAAUCACCUGAUGGUGAAAAGAAAGAUAGUAAAACUGUGAAACAGCAUGCAGCACAAAUCAACAGAAUCCAACCUAUUAUUGACACUGAGAGAAAUUUAGAAAAUCUGCUGGAUUUUGUUCUCAUCAAGGAGAAAUUUGUAAGUUAUGCUUAAAAGAAGUAUUUACCCGAAACCAUCAAGUCUUACUUUACGAGCCUAGGUCAUUUCUACGGCUUCCUUUUAUCUGAGAAGCCAGACGAAAUUCCAGUCAGUAGUGAGUUGAUGACCCAGGUGAAGGAAUGAUUGAGACAAUGGUAAUCUUCUUACAAACGAUCAAGCCUACAAACGAAAUGGGAAAGGCAAGAGGAGGAAAGGCAUGAGCUAAUAACCCUAGAUAAAUUUGUAGAAUUCGAAAACAGCAAGGUGUCAAGGAAUGCUGUCAUCUUGCUUGGAAAGCUAAGUGGUACUCACAAUGUAGUAAUUACACAAAGCCAGUAUACCCUUUGCGUGAUUUCCUCCUCGUUCAAAUAUCAAUUAAUAAUGCUAACCGUGCAGGUGUCUUAGCAAACCUGAAAUUGGAAGAGUUCGGAAGAGCCUCAAAAGAAGAUGACAGGUUUGUUGUCAACGUCAGGGAACAUAAAACAUUCACAUUCAUGGUAAUGCUCAAGCAGUUCUCACAAGUAAUUUACACAAUUGGAUGA